AUGACUGUGACGGUGUACAACGUUUUAAACAACGAUGUUUUUGGCCGUUAUAUUGUUGCGGCUAGAAAUCUCAAGCAGGGUCAGUUGAUAUUAAAGGAAAGCCCGGCUUUAAUCGGUCCACAAUUAAAUGGUUCUAUGGUUUGUUUCAACUGUUGUAAAAAUCUGAGAAGAAUCGGUUACAUUUUUUGUCCUAAUUGCAAAACUGCAAUUAUUUGCAAUCCAAAGUGCACAGGAAGAUUUCACAAUGAUUUGGAAUGCCAACAACUUAAAGACAGUCAUUUAAAAGGCGAGGAUAUAGUUAAUAACGAACAAAUAAUAUUCCCACUUAGAAUUCUGCUUCUAAAAUUCUAUAAUCCGGAAAAAUGGUCCCACAUUAUGAAACUGGAACCCCACAUGAACUUUAGAAGAGACACCCCAAUAUGGCGUCGUCACAAAAUUGUCGUGGAAGAUGCACUAAAGUCUCUAAAUCUAUUAAAUGAUCAAGAUGUGACCGAAGAGAUCGUGCAAAGGAUCUGCGGAAUUUUGGACGUGAAUACUUUUGAAGUCAGACCAUCGCAAACCGAAACAAGUAUCGUCAAUCCUGAAGUUGAAUGCCUAAGAGGAUUAUAUCUCGAAGCGGCUCUUAUGACCCAUGACUGUCUUUCCAAUACACAUUUAUCUGUUGAUAGCAGUUUUGUUAUGACCGUUCAUGCUAGCGUAGACAUACCAAAAGGUGAAAUUAUUUACUUCAACUAUGCAAAUGUCCUUCAAGGAAGUUUCAACAGAAAGCAACAUUUAAGGGAAGGGAAGUAUUUUGAAUGUCAGUGCCAAAGGUGCAAGGAUCCUACGGAAUUGGGUUCAGAGUUGAGCUCAUUAAAAUGUCAUAAAUGUAUCAGGGGUACUAUAAGACCUGCAAAACCUCACGAAAUCAAAACAAACUGGGAGUGUGUCAGAUGCAAGACAAUUUUCGCUGAAGGAUUAAUUCGAUUGACUGUUGCUGAAGGGAAAAGAUUAAUUCAAGAUGUUGAUUUGUCAAACUUGAAAAUGAUGGAAGAACUUUUAGAAAAGCUUCAGAGAACGUUCCAUCCUCAGCAUUAUCUAAUAAUGGACUUGGUUCAAAACUUGAUCAGCCAAUAUGGAAGAUCUAUACCGAGCAAGAGAAAUUUGGCAAGGAAGGUCGACCUUUGCAAUCGAUUGUUAAAAGUUUUGGAUAAAAUUGAACCUGGAAUUUCUAGACUUAGAGCAAUUACAAUGUAUGAAUUGCAGUCUACUGAAAUAGAUUUGGCUCAUAAAGAAUAUCGUGAUAAGGAAAUAUCUAUUAAUGAUCUAAUUAAUCGUUUAAUUGAUGCUGAAGGCACAUUGAAAACGGCAGCUAAAUAUUUGCUCUAUGAGCCUCAAAGAAGUCCUGAAGGUCACAUUGCUCAAAACGCUUUAUCUGAAUUAAAACUCUUGAGACAAUCUAUUAUCAGUAUUCAAAGAGAUGCUAUUAAUGUUCCUCCGGAAAAAAUUACCAAGAAGAAGAAAGAAUUUAAGAAUAAACAUGAGUCCGAAAAAGUUAUUACUCUAAAAGAAGUUAAUAGUAAGAAAGAAGAAGGCGGUAAAGGUGAAGAUACAAAAGUGAAUAGCACAGAAGGUAAAAAGAAAAGAAGAAACAGAAAGAAAAAUAAAUAAUUGUACAAUAAAAUUACAAUAAAAAUAUUAUUUAAUUUACAAUAUUCUUUUCAUAUAACAACAUUAUCUUAAAAUAAAUUGCAACCACGAGUAACAA